UGUUUCAUCACUCCCAGAUUUCACUGCAUGAGUGCGCGUGGCUUCCUCUCUUCUCUCCUCGAGAAAACAAGCAGCCUCUUUCACUGCUGGAGCAGCAGAACCUUUUAUCGUUUCGCCUUUCUUUCUUUCUCUGUUCUGGUAAAAUGGCAGGCUCCUCAUCAUCCUAUUUCUUUCCUCGAGCUACAUUUUCUAGGUCUUUGCACUAAUACCAUCCAAUCUUAUGAUUCUUUCCUUUCCCCUCCAUUAUUGCUUUUUUCACGCUCUUGAUUUGACCAUCAUCAUCUCAUCCUGUUGAACAGAGAAUCACUUGCUCUUUGCGUUAAGACAUGUGGUACCUACAAAGCUAAUAAAGCUCUGGCUACAUUUUCUUUCUUCCCAGUUCUUUCGCAUCAUUGGAUCGACGUUUGUUCCUCUGUGCCGUCCUUUUCCUUCCCAUUGUAUCAUUGUACGGCUCUUCUGUUUUCUGCCGUGGUUUCCUUUUUCUCUGCUCUGGUUUGGGAGAUUUUUGCUUUGCGGGUUUUGGUGAUCUUAGUCACUCGUCUUCUUCUCCUCCUUCCUUCUUGGUUUUGACUUUGGAGAGAUGAAUGAAUCCACGGGGCAAACGACAUCGUGUCUGGCGAUAACGGAAAAACGGCCACACAGACCUGGUGGUUGUGUGGGCAUUUUCUUUCAGCUUUUGGAUUGGAACCGAAGAUUUGCCAAGAGAAAGCUCUUCUCCAGGAAAUUGCUUCCUCCAGCUGGUGCAAAGCAAUCGUCAAAAAAGUUUGGAGGGGAUGAGAAGAUGCCCAAAACCAAAUCUCAUUUGAUUGCCGAUGAGAACAGCAAGGGGUUCCCGAAUGUAAAGAAAAAUGGGAACCGUAGUGAUAGUGCACAGCCAAAGCACGAAAUGAGAGCUGCCGGUUUGGUUGCUAGGCUUAUGGGUCUUGAAUCUUUACCAGCAGUUCAUCGAGAUAAGCACAAAAAAGUUUCAAAUUCUCCUCCUUGUGAAGUUAAAGAAGAGAAAUUUGAUAACUGUAAUAGUGUGUCUGAUAUUGAACUUCUAAACUUGGAGAAGGGAAGCACUAAGGUUGAAUCUAGGCCUCCAAAGCUUCAAAAGACAGGCCAGUUUGAGAGAACGGCAGUGACUAGGUUUGGAGCUGAAGCUUUGCAAAUCAGGAAUGUAUUGUCAAGAGGAAGAAAACAUCAUCAUCCCAAGCUUGCUUCAUCAGUGAAGAGUCCUAGGAUAUCGUCUUCCAGGAAUUUGUCUAGGGCGUCCAGGUUAAUUGAUGCUGCUACUCGGAUUUUGGAACCUGGGUUGCAAGCUACCAAUAGAGCAAAAUGUGCUAUUAAUUAUUCAAGUUCUACGAAUUAUAUUCCGAAGAAUGAAGUUUCGAUGGAUGGAAUGAGAUUGGGAGUCAGGUCACCAGAUUUACUGAAACAGCAAAGAAAUGAUGUCAACUAUAAUGUGGAUGUGGAUAAGUCUUUGAUGGGGCAGUCUUCUUGCAAAAAUUGUGGUAAUUUGCCCGAUGUAGUGGAUUCAAGACCGCCUGUGGAGGAUCAGCCAUUUGUUUGUCUAUCCUCAGCUGCAAAUGUGGCAAAUAACUCUUUGCAGGGGUUGGAAAGGAUCAAGCCAAGGCCUCCCAUUUCCUCCCCUGAACAAGGAAGGGAUGUAGCUUAUCAGAGAAAUCAUGUUCAAUUAUCUACUGCUGCUGAAAGACUAGAUAACAUGCGGGCUUGUAGCGAACCUGUGUCUUCAGAGGGUCAAGUGCCACGGCAAUUGAAAAGUCAGCAGUGCAGGCCUCAAAAGGAUGAGCAGUCUUCUAUUGCUUUCAGGGAAAGGACUGCGACCCGAAAUGAGAUUUCAGUAGGUAAGGGUAGAAUUCCACCAAAAGCCAAAUUAAACAACCUGCAAAGCCAGAGAGCUUCUUCAGCUGCCAAUGCUAUUACUGGAGCCAAAGAUUUUGUUGCUUUGAACAGAAAUUUAAGUGGUCGCACCAGGGCAAGGGUGUCCACCAAGGCAGAUAAUUACAUGGUUGAUAGAGAGAGAAGAUUUUGCAGCAGGAGAGAUGAUUCCUUGUCGCAGUUAAGGACACCAGUACGUAAGCGGAGGACUGUAAACCUUAAUCCACAAUUUGAUAGUACCGGACUUGUUAGUUCAACGGCUAUGAGACAGAAAAACGUUGAGUGUGAUUUUGUGAGUGGAAAAGAAUUGGAGCAUAAUGCUCACAAUGCAGACCGUGCGUGCAUCAAAACCAGAUCAACUGUUCCGGGUGAAGGUAAUAGAACUCAUGGCAAUAAGGACAAUGAUGUCGUAUCUUUUACAUUUAAUUCCCCAUUGAGGCAUAAAAAUUUCAUUUCCCCGGGUCGGAAAGAGACGAGUGAUCACAUUGAUAAGAAUGCUUCUCACCAAAGAACAUCUUUGCAAAGGCAAUUGCCAUUGAGAGGAGAUACUUUAGGGGCACUUUUGGAGCAAAAAUUAAAGGAACUAACCUCUCAAGAAGAGGAUGAAUUAACAAAUGGAGGUAAUAACCCGAAGAGAUCAACUGCUAUGAUUCUACAAGAGCUAAUAUCAGCUUUAACUGCACAACAGCAUUUUUCUCCAGAUGAUCAUAUGUUCAGUGCAGAAACAACUUCCCAGACUGUAGGAAGGAUUGGAGGGACUUCAGUUGGAUUUUCACAUGAUGGUGACCACUUGAGUCCUGGAUCUGUUCUCGAAGCUUCAUUCUCAAAUGACAGUUGCAUUUCUAGCAGUCUGGAUGAUAGUUCAGGGCGUAGGCUGCUUUAUGACUCCAUGGAUUACUCGUAUGAUCAGCUACAACCAAUAGAAACCGACACUGACCUUCUGGAUUCUGCAACCUCUACAAAUGAUGGGUGUAUGUGUUACAAAAUGGUGACCGAUCUUCUUAACGUUAUUUCUAGGAUAUUACAGAGCAUCAGUCUUGCUGGCGGUGGAUUAACAGGUAGCAGGCUCACCUAUGCCAAGGAAGUUAUCUUGAAUGCUGAACUGUUGUUUGGAACCGCAUCUCGACGUAAUUCAGAUAGAACGAAAAGUUUCCUUAUAUGUCCCAUUCUUUUUGAUGAACUUGAAACUGUUGCUGGAGCCCUGUGGACAAACUUCACUUGCCUGGGGUUUGAGGAGAGCAAGGAGGGUAGCAAAGAUAGUCAAGUUAGAAGGUUUCUUUUUGAUUGUGUGAUAGAAUGCUUAGAUUCAAAAUAUAGCAGGUACUGUAACACCGGAUUCAAAGCAUGGAGAAGAGUCCCCUUAUGCAUGAAUACAGAAAUGCUGAUUGAAGAGGUUGGGAAAGAAGCCAGAAGAUGGACAAAUUUGGCUGGCAUGAUUCCAGACCAAAUAAUAGAAUGGGAAAUGAGUUAUUCCUUGGGAAAAUGGACGGAUUUUGAGAUUGAAGUUUUUGAAACUGGCGCUCAAAUGGAUUGGGAUAUACUUCAAGUGUUGGUUGAUGAAAUUGUGAUGGACUUAUGGGAUUGCAGGGGGGGUUCCUCAUGAAGUGCGUGAAGGAUUGUUUCUUUUUGUCAAUAAUGUGAAAUGUCACAAGCUUAUGUCUAAUUUGGGAGUGGCGUAGUUGCCCAAAAUCAAGGAUGAUACUUAAAAUGGCUAUCGACAUUGUAAAUGCGUACCUGUAGCUUCUUUCUUGGAUGGUUAAAUGUAACUUGUUUUGCCAUGAAGAAACGACUUCAAACGGUUUUCUGGUUGGUA